AUGCUCAAUCCAAGAUCGAAGAUGCUCAGGGCAUUUUGGAUACUAGCUAAUAUAGUUCUCUUGGUAUCUGCCACCCUUAACGGUGAUGAACAAGCAGAGUUGGAAGAGUACCAAAAGUUUACGAAUGAAUCCCUAUUGUGGGCACCUUAUAGAUCCAAUUGCUACUUUGGUAUGAGACCUAGAUACGUAAGAGAAAGUCCGCUAAUGAUGGGUAUCAUGUGGUUCAACAGUUUGAGUCAGGAUGGAUUGCAUUCAUUAAGACAUUUUGCUACGCCUCAGGAUAAGUUACAAAAGUAUGGCUGGGAAGUUUAUGAUCCAAGGAUUGGUGGUAAAGAGAUUUUUAUCGAUGAAAAAAACAACUUGAAUUUGACGGUGUAUUUCGUAAAGAGCAAAAAUGGAGAAAACUGGUCGGUGAGAGUUCACGGCAGACCCUUGGACCCCAAACAACCAUCCACGGCGUCUGUUGUAGUGUAUUUCAGUCAAAAUGGUGGCGAAAUUGAUGGAAUGUCCUCAUUGGCAAUGAUAGAUCGAGAUGGACCUAAUAAUUUGAGAUUUUUGGGGUAUUCUAAAGAAUUAGGAGAGUAUGAUCUUACGGUGAGAGACAACUUUGGUCAAUAUUUCAACAAUCCAGCAUAUGAAAGUAUGGAAGUGGCACCAGGAAGCGACUGCUCCAAAACAAGUCAUCUAUCACUCCAAAUUCCAGACAAUGAAGUUUGGAAAGCUCGUGAUGUUUUCCAAUCUCUAGUGAGCGAUUCGAUACGUGAUAUACUUGAAAAAGAAGAAACAAAGCAACGUCCGGCAGAUUUGAUACCAAGCGUAUUGACCAUUAGGAAUCUGUACAAUUUUAAUCCUGGCAACUUUCAUUACGUACAAAAGACAUUUGAUUUAUCGAAGGAAGAGGGGUUUGAGUUUGAUGUCACAUAUAAUAAACUUGAAACGACUCAAAGCAUCUCCACUAAAGAACAAAUUACUGAGCUGAUUACUUGGACACUGAAUGAAAUAAGUGCGCGCUUUGACAAACACUUCAGUUUUGAAGAAGGGCACGAUUUGAUUGAGAGCGUUGAUGCUAAGAGAAAAUUUACUUUGGAAACACUUUCAAACUUACUGGGAGGGAUUGGUUAUUUCUAUGGGAAGCAACUGGUUGAUCGUGAAACUGAAUUUGAUGAAAGUCAAUUUGCCGAUAUCAAGCUACUGAAUGCGAAAGAAGAAGGUCCAUUUGAAUUGUUUACCAGUGUUCCGAGCCGUGGCUUUUUUCCACGUGGCUUUUAUUGGGAUGAAGGCUUCCAUCUUUUACAAAUCAUGGAAUAUGAUUUUGAUCUUGCCUUUGAAAUCUUGGCUAGCUGGUUCGAAAUGAUCGAAGAUGAUAGUGGCUGGAUUGCCAGAGAAAUCAUAUUGGGUAAUGAAGCAAGAAGUAAAGUUCCGGAGGAAUUCCAAGUACAGAACCCUAACAUUGCUAACCCACCAACUCUAUUGCUUGCAUUUAGUGAAAUGCUUUCCAGAGCCAUUGAAAAAAUUGGAGAUUUUGGCAGUGCUACCAACGAUCAGGUAAUGUUUACUGGAAAAGCAAACAGUUUUAUGACAAACAAUCUAGAGGCGAACCCCGAUUUACUGGCUGAAUACGCUAAGAAGAUUUACCCCAAACUAUUAAAGCACUACAACUGGUUCAAAGAAUCUCAAGCGGGUCUUAUUGACGAAUAUGCGACAAUAUUGGAAGACGAAGGAAUCUGGGAUAAGAUACAUAAGAAUGAAGUCUACAAGUGGGUUGGACGGACUUUCACACAUUGUUUGCCAAGCGGUAUGGAUGAUUAUCCUAGAGCACAACCACCUGAUGUGGCUGAAUUGAACGUAGAUGCCUUGGCAUGGGUGGGAGUCAUGACAAGGUCCAUGAGGCAAAUUGCUCAUGUCUUGGAAUUGACAGAGGACGAGGCAAAAUAUGCAGAAAUUGAGCAAAAUGUGGUGGAAAAUUUGGAUCUGCUACAUUGGAGUGAAGAAAAUGAUUGUUACUGUGACAUCAGUAUCGAUCCCGAAGACGACGAAAUCAGAGAAUUCGUGUGCCAUGAGGGUUAUAUCUCUUUGUUGCCAUUUGCAUUAAAACUCAUCCCCAGGAACUCACCCAAGUUAGAGAAAAUUGUCGCCUUGAUGAGUGACCCAGAAAAAUUGUUUUCUGAAUAUGGGCUGCUGUCAUUAUCAAGACAGGAUGAAUAUUUUGGUAAGGAUGAGAAUUACUGGAGAGGCCCAAUCUGGAUGAACAUCAAUUACUUGUGCCUUGAUGCAAUGAGAUACUACUAUCCUGAGGUGACUUUUGACAUGGCUGGUGAGGCUAGCAAUGCCAAGAAACUGUACCAAAGCUUAAAGACUAAUCUCAGUAACAACAUUUACAAAGUCUGGAAAGAACAGGGCUAUUGUUAUGAAAACUACAGUCCGAUAGAUGGCCAUGGCACUGGUGCUGAACAUUUCACUGGUUGGACAGCACUGGUUGUGAACAUUCUCGGGCGUUUCUGA